UUGGGGUGGUUCGAUGCGCGCGUUCUUAUCGUCGCACUGUGCUUAUUGUUUGGAGUACGCAUACAUGAGGAAUUCAGGAGACAGAUCAUGAAGCUCAACAAACAAAAAUCCUCACAAGCAGAAAGGGAAUUCGGAGGGACUUUGGGUGCCACCUGCAUCCCUGUCUUCCUGCCCCUGACGGUGCUUUACCUGCUGUGUGUAUGUCGCUCCCCUGCGGCCAGCGUGCUCCAGUGGCCCCCUGUCCUGCCCCCCACAGCCCAGCUAUGGGACCCGUUGGCCCCUGUUCUCAUACUGGGCUGGAUGGCCCUCCAGAGCUUCCUUUACCUGCUGCCUAUGGGGAAGCUGUCUGAGGGGAUGGUGCUGAAAGAUGGAUCGAGACUCAAGUACCCCAUAAACGGUUUUCAUGCCCUGUGCGUCACAGCUGUGCUGUUGACAUUGUCACUAUGGCUGGGGAUGCCUCUGGGAUAUCUCUUUGAGCUGUUGUUGCCCCUGGCAGUGUGUGCUAUUGGGGUGUCAUUCCUCCUCUCCCUCUACCUCUACAUACGCUCCUUCUGGGCCCCUCACCAUGCCCUCGCCCAGGGGGGAAACACAGGAAACCCUCUGUAUGAUUUCUUUAUGGGACGAGAGCUGAACCCACGGAUUGGAAGCUUCGAUCUGAAAUAUUUUUGUGAGUUGAGACCAGGUCUGAUUGGCUGGGUGGUGAUUAACCUUGGGAUGCUGAUGAAAGAGGUGGAGCUACGGGACUCCGCCUCCCUGGCCAUGAUACUGGUCAACAGCUUCCAGCUGCUCUACGUGGCGGAUGCGCUGUGGAAUGAGGAGGCUGUGCUGACCACCAUGGACAUAGUGCAUGAUGGCUUUGGGUUUAUGUUAGCCUUUGGGGACCUGGCCUGGGUUCCUUUCACAUACGGCAUGCAGGCUGCCUUCCUGGUGGUGCACCCACAGUCCCUCAGUCCUCUGGGAGCCACAGCUAUAGUCACAUUGAAUGGUGUUGGGUAUUAUAUCUUCAGAAAAUCCAACUCCCAGAAGAACCAGUUCAGACGGGACCCUACGCAUCCCAGUGUUGCAAACCUGGAGACUAUUGCCACAGCAACAGGGAAGCGCCUUUUGGUGUCAGGCUGGUGGGGCCUCGUCCGCCAUCCUAACUACCUAGGAGACCUUCUCAUGGCCCUGGCAUGGUCCCUGCCAUGUGGAUUCAACCAUCUUCUACCUUACUUCUAUGUUGUGUACUUCACUGUCCUGCUGAUUCACAGAGAGGCCCGUGACGAAAGGCACUGCAGGGCCAAGUAUGGCCUGGCCUGGGAUGCCUACUGCAGCCGUGUGCCCUACAGGAUCUUCCCCUAUGUCUACUGAGCUGAGCUGGACCGGAGUGGUCAGGGCAGAGCCGGGCCCCGGGGGCAUGCGAUAGGAUAGCCAGUUUUGUUGUAUAAAGUGCACGUUCUGAACCUCAACAGACUGGACUGAACAAAUACUACUGAAAUGCUGUCAAUUCUCCGUCAUAAAGAAUAUGUACUUUAUAAAAGUGAACACUGUGGAGAAAAUGACACUCCUAACUGGAUGAACAGACCAGACAAGCUGACACAUCAGCCCAGCAGCUUUGAGUUGUUCACAUUAGUGAUGUCUGUCCAGUGAGUCUCUAACACGAUCAAUCUUGACCAUCACCUUUUGUACUGAUCUAGCCAUACUUCCUCAAGACUGGACACUAUGGGCCGGUUUCCCAGACAGAUUAAGUCUAGCCCUGGACUAAAAAGCAUGCCCAACAGAGAAUCUCCAUUGAAAGUGCUUUUUAGUCCAGGAUUAGGGUUAAUCGCUGUCCGGGACACCAGCCCUAAACUUAAUUUCAAAUGAAUAGAUUAGUCACAUUUCAGUAACUAAUCUGAAGGCUAUUCAAAUUAUCAUGACAAUUUAUGCAUGUAUUGAAAUUAAGGUCAUGUUGUACAAUUUUUUUAGAACGACAGAGUGUAAGCCUAUUUCUUUAAUAUUCACAACUGAAAUGUAAGCCUUAUUAGUUUACAUGACCUUUAUUGCAUAAUUGAAUUUUAAUUAAAAAACAAUAAACAUGUCAAUGGUAA